AUGAGCUCUGUUGGAGAGGCGCUCGCAAAGGAUCAUCCCCCUGCGAUGGCAGUCACCAUGGCCGACGACGAUCUCUUCACAAGGGCCAUCUCUGGGUAUCGGGACGCUUUUUUGGAUCGACACUCUCACCUUCCGGAAUCAGAGCGCAAUCGUCUUUGGAGUCAGCGGUUGAGCCAGUUCUUACCGGCAACGGCGUCAUCCAGUUACCGUCCAGUUCCCGGCUCUGGCAUCCCUGACACUGGUUCAUCUCUCGAGAAAUCUGGGAAACGGACGCGACAGGAUACUCCUCGGACUCUCCCUGGUUCUGGUCUUCCUCCGACAAAACGACGAGUCACCACACCGGAGCCACCAGUGACCGUUGACUUGACUCGUGAGCUUUCUCACGCCUCUUCGCCAGCGGCCCCCGAAACCGAUCUGAAAUCUACUGGAAUGGCUUCUCGGACGGACGACUUCUCCCUCCCAUCGGUUACUGGGUCCUCUGUCCGGCACACAGCCAUGGUUAGAUCGCAGAGUCAGCAGACUCCGGUCUCUCACCGAAAACCACUGGCCCCAGGUGUUUUGGGACAUCGGCAAUCCUACGGACCUCAGCUUUCGCAGCUUCGACUUGACCAUGUCAACGAAUAUUCGCCGUCCGAAUAUGCUAGGCAGUGUUUGGACGACUUUCAGGACCGGUCGAACGUAUCUACGCUGUCGCUGGCCCUCUCUGCGGAUCCUGCUUCGAAUGGACUCCAGCAUCAACUGCAAGCAUCAAUACCGGAGUUUUCGACAGACCCUACUAAUUUGUCGAAUCCAUCUCUGGCUAACCAACCGGCACCACUGGCUUCAGCAGCAGUGGAGAUGACCAGGAGUACUACUACCGACUCCAUAUGUGGUGGAUUGGGCAUGAUCAGAUUUGACUCCACCGGACCAAAUCUAAACUCCAGCUACCCCUUCUCUAUGCCUUCUACUGAAUUUAUGCCCUCUGUUUCCCCUGUCAAUGUUCCAAUCCAUGACUACUCAAGUCAGCAAGCCUUGCAACCCGUCACCUUUCCCUUCUCUGACUCCGCUCCUCUUCCAUUUUCCUGCUCAGCACCCUCCUCAACUUCAUUCUACCCCCCUCCCUCUUCAACUGUCCCUGAAUCCCCUGCUACGGAGAUGAAGCCUUCCAUGUCUGCUGAAAGCGACAGUUCGGCUACUUCUCAGCAGUCAAGAGCGGCGCGGAGGACUCAAGAACAGAUUGUGCAGGGUACUCGACCUAUUGCACCGAAACUUGAGUCGCGCAAUACCUCUCCAGCGAAGCUGGUGGGGCAACACAAGAUGAUUCGUAUCUCAUCGUCCGACGGCACUUCGAAAGAAGUUGCGGCAAUCCCUAAGGCCUCGAUACAACGGCCUCCGCGCCCGAAAACGUACUGCCACAUGUGCAAUGACCAGCCAGAUGGCUUCCACGGGGAGCACGAGCUGCGAAGACACAUUGAACGGGUGCACUCAGUGGUCCGUAAGGUUUGGGUCUGCGUGGAUAUAUCUCCAGGCAAGACCUUCCUGGCCAACUGCAAGGCUUGUCGGAAUGGGAAACGGUAUGGUGCUAAUUACAACGCCGCUGCCCAUCUCCGUCGUACUCACUUCAACCCGUGCCAACGCGGACGGGGAGGACGUGGAAAAGACAGUGAGAAGCGAGGUGGUAAGGGUGGCGGGAAUCACCCGCCGAUGGAAGUACUGAAGCACUGGAUGGUGCAGCAAGAGGAAUUUGUUCUUGAGAAUGCCCAGAAUGCUGUUGACCAGGACACAACAGGGGAAGAUCUGGCUACUGUGCCGCCGUCAGUAUCUACGGAUGAGGCGGCUUUCAACGGGUUGCCUUCGGCACCAGCUGACAGCCUCCCUCAAGUAGGUAUGGAGGCCACUAUGGCCCACGGGUACCACGGCUAUUCUGACCUCCACACGAUGACAGUGGGCCCGUCUCUUGAGACGACAUGUUAUUUUGAUUCUCAGGCUCUACCGCCUGAGAUCGACUCGUAUGUAUGA